GAGAAUCUUGUGAAAGACAAACAGUGACGUCACGUAAGAGGAAGUUGUUUGUUGCACAGUAGUGGAGAAACACACCUGCUGCGUCUGCAUACACGAGCUAGGCUGUAGAGAUAAAGGUAAGCGAAAAGAGCUAGGACAGGUAAACUGGAAUUUAAGAAUGGCUCAGGUGUGCUUCACUGCUUCCCUCGUCGGGUUUCUCUGCUGUCUGUCGGUUUUAAACGCGUGUAAGUGGGACCCGGACACGGAGCUCGAGCAGGGGCUGGAUAUCCGCUCGUUUGAUAACGGCGCGUCUCACCUGGCUCACCUGCCGGAGAUCACAGACGCAGAGCGGUGUCAGAGAGCCUGCUGUGAGAAAGACGACUGCCAGCUCGCUAUGAUCGGGACUCCGGCGGACGACGGCAGGCCAGAGUGCAUCCUGGUCAGCUGUAUAAAAGACGGCAAAGACGUGUGUGUUUUGACCCAGAGUACACAGUUUAAGGUGUAUCGCAAGAUCCCGGACAGCGCUGAUCCAGAGCCCCAAAACAAGGCUGAAGUUCGCUCUGUACGCGGCACAGAUCACUGCCAACUCCCAAGUGUGGUGGGAAUGUGCCGCGCUGCCUUCCCACGAUUUUAUUAUGAUGUCACGGAUCAGACCUGCAAGCAGUUCAUCUAUGGCGGCUGUGGAGGCAACGAUAACAACUUUAACUCCCAGGAGGAAUGUGAGGCUUCCUGUAGUGGGGUGACAGUGAAGGCUGUUCCCAGCAAAAAGAAGGACCCUGACGUUCCCAAUUCUUCUAAAAGCUUUGAAGAAACCUGUGCUGCGCCGUCCGACUCUGGCCCAUGCCGUGCAGCCUUCCCGAUGUUUUACUUUGAGUCCAGCACUCAGUCUUGUAAGAGCUUCACUUACGGAGGCUGCAAGGGAAACCUAAACCGCUACAGCAGUGAGGAAGAGUGCAUGGCAGCUUGCUCCGGGAAAAACGCCUUCUUCCUAGUGGCCACCCUGGCCAUCAUAUUUGCCCUACUUCUGGUAGGUUUGAUCCUGAUCGCAGUGCGCAGAAACUAUCACAGGAGUCUCUUCAUAUUUGAUAAGGAGGAGUUACUGCCUGCAGAGGAGCAGGUGUCCUAUGAGAAGCUGCCCGAGGAAGACUCAAGCUAAAGCCAGAGGCCUUUCAGUGUCUGGUAUGAAGAUCCAUCUCAUGACACUCCAAUGUUCAGCUUUAAUAAAACUACUAGCUCCAAGUUAAGAAUAAAGCUU